CCGGAUACAAAUAGGCGACAACUCUGAACAAUUUCGAGGGGAUUUGACAUGACAACAAUCAUUCAAAACAACAAGCACUUGUUUUUCAAACUCUUUUCCCAUAUCUUUCCACUUAGACACUCAGCGACCAGCAUCGCAGACAUCACUCACCAUGGCAUUCUAUUCCGUUUACGAGACCAUGGCAUUCUCUUCAAUCUACAAACCCCAGGAUGUGCUCGCCGCCAACAACAAGGAUAUUGAAGAAACCGAUCUGUUUCAUACCCACGAGCUGGAAAGCGUCGAUGGAUGCACCAUCAUCAAAGUUCCUCGUCGCCUCAACCUCGAGAAAAACACAAAGUUCACCGACAACCAAGUCCUCAAGAUGUACCGAUUCCUCGAAGACAACCACGCCAGUCUUUCCGAGCUUUGGAAGACACUCGGGACGAACGGAGAGCAAGAGUCCAUGAACCUCUUCGUCGCCAAGGCCUAUAACGCUACCAUCGAGCACCAGCAGCGCGAAAUUAUGAACUUGCGCCGUCAUCAACAAAAGCCUUUCACCUUUGCCGACGCCGAGUGCUGGUGUACACGCAAGUUCGACGAGACCUGGGACCCGGACAUGUUCUGCGAUCUCGUCGGCCCAGUUCCCGCGCAUGCUUUGGGAUGUACCGUUCCAGAGGGCAACGCCGACACCGACGAAGCCGGUUACCGAGCAUUGCUAGCCCAAGCCCGGCAGGACCUGAACGCAGGUUGCGAUCUCAACACACCGUGGUUGCCAGGGCAGACAGAGGUUGGCGUGCCCAAGGUUGCCGCUGUUAGGGUACACGACAUUCUCCGUUCGGUUGCCUCAACCGUGGACCCAUCCAACAACGAGAACGGAUUGCCCUCGUACGAAGCCAAGUUUCUCGCCAUGGACACCAUGUACAAGAUCUUCCACUGCCUGCUUACCGAGGCGGAAACACCCGUUAAGCGGUACAUCAAGACCAACAGGAAGCUGUGGAGGGAUCUGGAGAACUGCUUUCUGCAGGUAUUUGGAAGCUGCAGCAGGGACGAUCUCUAUCGGCUUGCUACGGAAGACGGCGGAGUGUGGCGCGACAAGUUCUUUGAACUGAAGGACCUGGUUCAGGAACAGGAGCCCUUGUCGAAGCUGCUUCAUGCGGGUGUCGUGCUUUAUACGGCGGAUGAAUUCUGUGGGAAGUCCGAGGACGAUGUCGCGUUUGUAAUUGAUGGCAAUGGAGCUGCUGAUGGAGAGCUGGCGUACUGGUAGGCGGUAAUGGGC